AUGGGUGGUAGUUGGGGAGUUGAGAAAGCCGGUUUCUUACCAAGUUUGCAUGCCUGUCCGUCAAAUCGACAAUGCGUUGCUUGGUGCUGUGAGUUUUGCCAGGUCAGCGCAGACAGUGUGUACUUCGGAUGCGAGCAAGACCGCUACUACCAUGUAGGAACAGUUGAACGCUACAUCUCGAGCUCCGUGAUAUCUCUUUUAAGGCCUUUUGCAACAAUUUUGUAUCAGACUCAUGGAGAGGAUCCUGCGUCUGUCCACGGUGAGGCUGAACGCCCAACGAUCGCCUUUCCACUGUGGGUCAUGGAUCAGUUGAUAAUCACCGAAGAGGGUGAGGAAGCGCCAAAGCUAAAUGAUCCAGACUUUUCAACCUACGGAAUAAUCCGUGCGCAGAACAGAAAGGGCAUGCAGGAGGCCUUGAAUGGCCUCGAGUUCAAGCCAGGGCGCACAUUCACAUUCGGCUUUUGGUGUAUUGCACAAUUUGUGGAUGCCAUUGGUUGGAGAGUGCCAGCGAGGGGCGUAAUUCCUGAAGUCAAGCUCAAUGAAAUUGGUACUCACCCGCCAAUCUACGUGACAAUGUAUUUACUCCGUCCACAGGAUCAAUGGACAGAUGUGCAGGGGCGUCGUGACACUCGACACUUGGACUCCAGGAAGAUUUACAUUUGGCGUGUCUCACUUUGGAGCUCUGCUCUGCCACCACCGUUGGAGCGCCAAAAGGACUGA